AUUGAAGUACGUGGCAUACAGGACUUAGCUCUGGGGGAAUGGCUAUCUUUUCCCUGGAUGGGGUGGCCAAGUCGAUCGAUUUGAAUAAAAAGAAGGUGCUGCAUUGAUUGCCAGGGUGCAUUCCAUGUACGAUCUUCGGCGUACACUCCAUUCACACCUUUUAUUAGAUUGUUUACAGCAAGUAACAGCGAAGUGUUCUACCUACCGAUCAGUUUUGAUGGUCCUAGCCAAAUGUUACAAGCAAACAAUUUUGGCGUCCUCUUGUCUUAAUUUCCACCCACUGAACAAAACGUUCCCCUUGGCGCGAAGAUCUUCGGCGUACACUCAGGUUUUUUUGGCGUUCUAAGUGCAAACUUAUAGAAAAAACAUUUUUGGCAUACGUAAAAUCUUGAAAACAAGAAAACAUAUGACACAAAUGUUGAUUGGGCCAUGGCAACGAAACGUGCUUCGAUUGUUCAUAGCCAGUUAGAGCAAAGUUUUCUACCCGUAUACGAUCAAUUUUAAUGUUUCUAGCCAAAUAUUACAAGCAAACAAUUUUAGCACCCCUUAUCUCCAUUUGCACCCAUAUUGAGGGGCCAUGGCCCCCUGCCCCCCCUUGCUACCACGCCACUUGGACUUAAAUUGUACGACGUAUCAUAAAAAUUUGAAUGCAUGUAAAUAAAAUUCUGCUUCAAUUUUGUAGGUUGACCAAGAAGUCAAUGCUCAGUUUCUGGGUUUGGUAGUUAGCGGUUACAGCAUUUUUCAGGUUAUUGGUUCCAUUUUGUUUGGUGCUUGGUGCAGGUACCGUCCAGCUAUCGAGCCAUUGUUGGCAAGCGCUUCUCUUCGCUUUAUUGGGAAUUUCUUGUACCUUUGUGCUGAAAACUAUCCUGGUUUUGCUGGGAAAAUGUUGAUUCUGUUGGCAAGGCUCAUUGUUGGUUUUUCAGCAGGAGAUAUAGCUGUUUGUCGCACUGUGGCAUCUCAGUCAACUGCAAAAGACGAGAAGAACAAUGCAUUGACAGUCCUGGUUGUAUUGGAAGAAUUUGGGUCUACAUUAGGUCCAGCUUUGCAAGCUGUAGCCGUACCCCUGCUUGGCAAAGGACUACAUUAUUCGUUUGUGAAUAUUGACAUUUUCAACAUUGCUGGAUGGAUCGGACUAGUGACGACAGUUUUCAGAAUAUUCAUCACUCUUAUCUGGUUCAAAGAACACAACAUUGAUGUGAAAGACAGCACAGGUGAUCUUCCAAAGCCGAACCUGCGUGCUGCUUUCGUUACGAUAUUUGCAUUUUUCGUCCUUUGUUGUGAUGUUGCGAUUAUUGAAACUAUGACAAGUCCAUUGCUUGCAGAAGAGUUUGCCCUGCGAAAAGACGAAGCGGUUCUGUACGCUGGGAUAACCCUGUCUUCGUUAAGUGUUAUCAACUUAGCAGCUUAUAUCAUCAUCAGACGUACACAAAACAGAUUUCGCGAAAGGUCCAUUCUUUUUGUUGGGUUCGUCGUCUUGCUCUUGGCAUUUGUUAUCUUCUUGCCUUGGGGAAGUGAGCACCAUAAACUUCAAACGAAAGGGUUUGUACAUGGCCUCUUUCAGCUGUGCUGGCUCAUUUGGAGAUUUGGUCGGACCACUGGUAAUGACUUCAUUGUAUGCACAUUUUGGACCCAGAGGAUUGUUUCUUUGUGCAGCGAUUGUGAACUUGAUAACUGCUACCAUGAUUGCAGGUUUUCAAACAAUAUUAGUUCCAUUCGAAGAAUAUAUUAAAGUACCUGGCGCCAAUAAGUGAUAAUUUAAGUAUACAAAACAAUAUAUGAUUGGGUUAUAAUUUUUUAGAGACUAAAUCAUGCUCUGUCUAUGUAAAGAUUUGACUUACCUGAGUCUCAAAAAUGUCAAACUUGUUAUUAUUUUUGGGCUAUUUCUUGUGAAAACCAGAUCUAAAAGGCAAAUAUUGUCUUCCAUAUACUUUUUCUGGAACGUUUUCUAAACUCUAUAUAAAAUGCGGAUGGCCGUCUUACACGAUCUGAAGUUUCAUCUUGAGCAUAUGUAUUGCAUUUAUCUAUUUGCUGUAAGUCUAAAAUAUUCUUAGGUUAGAACGUAUGGAAAAAUCUGCAAGCCAAGUUGUGAUGGCAAAAGAACAAUAUCUCGGAAAAUAAUCUAGAGAAAACAAUAGGAAAGAAAAUUCCUAAUUGGACUGUACCCCUUCUUCCUUGUAUGCAUAAAAAUUGUAUUGAUUUUGACGUCCUGUUUAUGUCUUUGUAAAAAAAGCGAAGAAUUUGGUAGCUUAUGGGAGACAGCGUUUAUUGGUUUCCUCUAAUAGGUGUGCUGUUUCUUUUUUGAAUUGAUGUACCAAAAAUGCGAUUGGGGAUGUCUCAAAAAGUACCCUUACCACUUUCAAGACAACUGCUGACAUGUUACCCCUGUUAAAGUUUGACUUUUAGAAUAGAGUACAAUCUCAGCCUGAAUAUUUUACCACAUAACUCGGUAAAACCUUCCCUCCAUUAAGACGUCAUAAAAUUACUGGAAUGACAACUUCAAGUCUAGAAGUAUAUCAAGUCUAUAAGUUCUCUUUGAAGUCAAACUUCGAUAAUACAACGUUGCUGUCGAGUUCAACUUUGUUUGGGGUUGAUGCCAAAAUUAUCUGGAUAUUUCGUGGAAAUCAUUGCAGGAAAAGUCGCUUUAAAAUGAAGUUUUUCAGGUUAUCACCAAGCAACUGACGCACUUUGCAGAGGAGUUGAGAAGGUUUUCGGUCUUCCAGUUCUUCCCAAAUCAGCAGUUGGUCAAAACGUUUUUGUUCUGAGGCCGAGGCUCGCUUGAUGAGUCCAGAUUUCAAAA